AUGGACUACAACAACUACUCUGGUCACCAAUCCCAGCCUUACUCGCUCUAUGGCUUACCCACCCCCGACCAACAACCGCAGCCGCCCUCUGAUGAUGCUCUCGGCAACCCCUUCUCUCUGAAUUCUUAUAACCAAUAUUUUUCUGGAUUUGACCCCUCCGCCCGCCUCGACCCCUCCUCAUCCUUCGUCCCGCCGCCACAUUCACCGCCAGACUCCUUUACCAAAACCUCCGUGUCCAGCAAUGAUCCGAACAGUCACACGAGAGCGGGCCCAGCCUCAACCGAUGGCGAUGACAACCAAUUUGUUGACCCCGCCGUGGGUCGAAGUAGCAGUGAGGAGAAGGAGUCAAUGACCCCGGCGCAAACGAAACGCAAGGCGCAAAAUCGAGCAGCUCAACGAGCAUUCCGUGAACGCAAAGAGCGCCACGUGAAAGACCUUGAAGACAAGGUCACCAGUCUCGAGGAAUCAUCCACGACUCUUCAAGCCGAUAAUGAACGCCUGAAGCGGGAGCUCGCCAAAUUCGCGACAGAGAACGAGAUCCUGCGUGCUACUUCACACACCUUGAACGGUGGUAAUAACAACAAUGCUGCGAAAGAGCAAGCCGAGCCCACCGUCACCGGGCCAAUGAAAUACACUCCAACAGACUUCUUCUCCAGUCUUAACCCAAAAGGCUCAGGAUGGCAACGUCCGACCACCGGUACGACCAAUCCUCGGAGCCCACAGCGGCAUCGCAUUACCGUGUGCCAGGUCACUGGCGAAAAACUUCUCGAUGCUGGUGAAACAUGGGACUUUAUCCUGGGUCAUGAUUUGUUCAAGCGUGGCGAGGUGGACAUAGGUGAUGUUACUGAGCGACUGAAGGGAUUAGCACAAUGUGACGGCACAGGUCCUGCUUUUAGAGAGAGCCAAGUGUGUCGGGCCAUUGAGGAUAGUGCCGCAGAGCGGGAUGAGCUCAUCUGA